AUCAUGACGGUUUCGACGUGGCGAUUUCAAAGUGCAUAUUUAGAAGGGCUGUUGAGGAAAACAUAAAGAUAGUCCGCAGCGGUGACGAAGAAAUUAGUAAAAUGCACGGUUGAACGCAUCGGCAAUCGGAUAAACGGCUUGAUAGAUUGAGCUUCUGGGAGAAGACGAUCAUUUUGGGACCAGUACAGGAGACAAAUCUGAAGAUCUGGAUGCAACCGAAUCCGAUAGCCGGGGUCCAGGACUUCUUUCGACUAGCUUCAGUAGUGUACGUAGCCUUCUCUCUCGGAAGAUGAUUGAGGACAAGGGCCCACGUGUAGCUGACUACUUCGUCGUGGCAGGGCUGACUGACGCCUCCAAGCCCCUCGAAGAAGAAAUUCACUUCCACGACGCGUGUCACAAGGCAGCCCGGCCCAAAGAACCCAUCACGGAUGUGACGGUCAUCAUCAAGUCUCUGGGAGAAGAGGUGCCUCACGGCUACGUGUGCAUCGACGCUACCCCGACGGGACUCUCGGCCGAUCUCAACAAUGGGAGUCUCGUGGGGCCUCAGAUUUACCUCUGUUACAGGAGGGGAAGGGAUAAGCCCCCACUUACAGACCUUGGGGUUUUGUACGACUGGAAGGAGAGAUUAAAACAAGGCUGCGAAACGAUUCAAAAUACUCCCUGCGGCCGCCCCGCCAACCUCAGUGGCGGUAGUACCUCGUCACAGAAAGUUUACAUCACUUACCGGAGGGCCUCGGAGAACAUGACCCAGAAUACCUUGGCCGUGACGGAUUUGUGCAUCAUCGUCCCCAGUAAAGGCGAGAGACCACCCCACACCUUCUGCAAAGUUGACAAAAAUCUUAAUAAUAGUAUGUGGGGAUCCGCAGUAUACCUAUGCUACAAGAAGUCUGUGGCCAAGACCAACACCAUAUCUUAUAAAGCCGGUUUAAUAUGCAGGUAUCCCGAAGAAGAUUACGAAUCCUUCCCGCUACCGGAAUCCGUCCCUCUCUUUUGCCUCCCCAUGGGGGCAACCAUCGAAUGCUGGCCGGCGGACAGCAAAUACCCUCUUCCCGUUUUCUCCACGUUCGUGUUAACUGGAGCCUCAGCUGAAAAGGUAUAUGGCGCUGCUAUUCAGUUCUAUGAAUCGUACCCUGAGGAGAAUCUCACAGAAAAACAGCGGUCCCAUCUGGGAUUAGCACCACCGGCCGACGGGAAGUCGGACGGCUCCCAGGCCGUUCACACGAACAAGUGCAUCUGCCUUCUUUCUCACUGGCCUUUCUUUGAGGCCUUCAAGAAGUUUCUUACCUUUCUGUACCGUUACUCCAUUUCCGGACCCCACGUUCUACCGAUCGAGAAACACGUUUCCCAUUUUAUGCAUAAAGUUCCUUUUCCAUCUCCUCAGAGGCCACGGAUAUUGGUUCAGUUAUCCCCUCAUGAUAACUUAAUCCUCAGUCAGCCAGUGUCUUCACCUCUUCCUCUGAGCGGAGGCAGAUUUUCAACACUACUGCAGAACCUCGGCCCCGAGAACGCCGUGACCCUCCUGGUGUUCGCAGUGACGGAACAUAAAAUCCUCAUCCACUCCCUCCGGCCUUCCGUCCUCACCAGCGUGACCGAGGCCCUGGUCUCCAUGAUAUUUCCUUUCCACUGGCCCUGUCCGUAUGUUCCUCUUUGCCCCCUGGCAUUAGCAGAUGUGUUGAGUGCACCGUGCCCCUUCAUAGUGGGGAUCGAUUCGCGAUACUUCGAUCUCUACGAUCCCCCUGCAGACGUUAGCUGCGUCGACCUAGACACCAACACCAUCUCUCAAAUUGGAGACAAGAAAAAUAUUGCCUGGAAGAUUCUCCCCAAGAAACCUUGCAAAAAUCUGAUGAAUACACUGAACAGUUUGCAUCAGCAACUGGCCAAAUUGCAGCAAAGACCAAGGGAAGAUGGAUUAAUGGAUCUGGCAAUGAACGACUGUGAUUUCAACUUGGGAAAGAAGCUGCACGUGUUAGACAUGGAGAUCCAAGAAGCAUUUUUGGGUUUCAUGGCCUCGAUAUUAAAAGGCUAUCGGUCUUUCCUACGGCCAAUAACACAAGCCCCAUCUGAGACCGCCACAGAUGCGAGUUCUCUCUUCGAGCUCCAAGGUUUCUUAAAAAGCAGGGAUCGCUCUCAGCAAAAAUUCUAUACCUUGAUGACCAAAACACAAAUGUUUAUUCGUUUCAUUGAGGAGUGUUCCUUUGUCAGUGACAAAGAUGCAAGUUUGGCAUUUUUUGAUGACUGUGUCGAUAAAGUGGAUAUGGAUAAGACUGGUGAAACGCGACUCAUAGAGUUAGAUGAAUCGUACAAAAGCGAGCACACGGUUUUCAUCACCCCCCCGGAGAUCCCACAUCUGCCCAACGGAGAAGAGCUCCCUUUGCAGUACAGCUAUAAUGGAUUUCCCGUGCUGAAGGCAGAUCUGUUCGAGAGGCCAGAGGGAUUCCUUCAAAUGAGAAAGAGCCAACUGUCCGCCAAAACCAGUAGCCCCAAUAACCCUUCGCCCAUGUUUCGAAGAACCAAGCAGGAAAUUAGGUCAGCCCAUAAGAUAGCCAAGCGGUAUUCCUCCAUCCCUCAGAUGUGGUCACGGUGUUUGCUGCGCCACUGCUACGGCCUGUGGUUUAUCUGCCUUCCCGCCUACGUGAAAGUCUGCCACUCCAAAGUCCGAGCGCUGAAAACGGCCUACGACGUCUUGCGGAAAAUGCACGCCAAGAUCGAUCCCCCGGACGAGGUGUGCUACCGGGUCCUCAUGCAGCUGUGUGGUCAGUACGGCCAGCCGGUGCUAGCGGUACGGGUCCUCUUUGAGAUGAAAAAGGCCGGCAUCGACCCCAACGCCAUCACCUACGGCUAUUACAAUAAGGCCGUCUUGGAAAGCACCUGGCCUUCGAGUAGUCGAAGUGGCUACGUCCUGUGGACCAAGAUCAGAAAUGUUGUGUUAGGAAUAACACAAUUCAAAAAGGCCUUAAGAAAACAAUCCCGCCUUUCAAAUGCAACUCUAUCAGCAGAUGACAGUGACGUGGAUGUCGUUAGUCACGGCAGCAUGGAUAGUUCUAAUGACACAAACACUGUGGAGCAGGCAUCCUUCAACACUGAUUUAAUCAAAGUGUAUUCCACUGAUGAUAGAUCUAGUACAGGGGGCCAGUCGGAUCUCGGCUACAACUCGCUGUCUAAAGACCAAGUGAGGCGAGGGGACGAAACCACGCGGGAGAAGCAAGAAGAGAAUGAAGAAACGAGAGAGAGUGAUUCUAGUUCUUUGUCGGAGAGCGAGAGUGCUAAAGGAAGUGUCGACUGCCUUCCCAACCUGGAUUUUCAAAGCGGCGGCGGGGCCGAGCCCUCAUCCAGCAUCGUUCGCCCGGCCGGGGCCGUCUGCAACGCGGACGAAGCGUCGGGAGAAAGCGCCGGAAGUGCACCUGGAUUGCUGUGCACGUCGCCUUUCGAAGACACUAACGAGGAGGGAGGUGUUGACAGUAGGAGUCUACGAAAGCGACAUAAAAGCGCGAUGGAAUGUAGCACGCCGCGGCAGCCCCCGGACUGGGAAAAAAGAAACCGAAACCUCAGCGGCCCGGCGACCAAUGGAACGAACCGGGAAGCGGGAGCCGACGCCCAAAUCGUCCAUGACGUGUUCCAGAAAAGCAGCAGGCCCACCACUCUCGCCUUAGGGAAGCCCCCGGUGACCUCCAGCCUCCAAAGCCCGGAGAAGGAAUCCAGCGACGACGACGACGCUCCGGGAGGCGGGGUCCGGCCGGCCGACCGGCCCGAGUCCCCCGUCAUCUUCGACCUGGAAGACCUGGACCCCGAGGCGGACGCGGCGGCGGCCCGGGCCCCGCCGCAGCCCGCCCGAGCGGUCCGGCGAACCAGCAGCAGCUUCUCGGCGAAGCCGGCGGAGAAGACGGACGUGGAGGCCGGCUUCGACCCCCUGUCCCUCCUCGCGGCCGAGACCCGGCGGGGGCGGCGGGAGGCGGAGGAGGAGGAGGAAGAGGAGGAGGAGGAGGACAGCCGGAGCGUGUCGACGCCCUCGACGAGGAGAGACCUGGCCGAGGAGAUCGAGAUGUACAUGAACAACAUGACGAGCCCCUUGUCCAGCCGCGCCCCGAGCGUGGACCUGCAGCGGCUGGGCGAGGAGCGGUCGGCCAGUAAGAAGAGCCCCUCGGUGGCCCGCGCCUGCCGGAGAUCAAGCCUCCCUCCCAACUCCUCCCGGCCCGCCGGCCUCACCAAGUCCAAGAGUUACCACGCGAAGGGCCAAGACCGGCCACGGGACCGGCUGUGGUCUUCCCCGUCCUUCUCGGCCCGCUGUCCGCUUAGGGACCAGGUCCCGGACGCGGGCAGGACCUUCACCCUGGUGUCCUCCCCUUCGUUUCACAUCGACUCGCUCAUCACCCCGAAGCUGGACGUCCUGAAGAGCAGCGUGUUCUCCGCCGGGAGGGGGGUGGCCGAGAAGGCCAGCAGAUGGUACACGAGGUUCACUAUGUACGCCGCCCCGUCGAAGGAUCAGCACUCGGACCAAGCCAGCCUGUCCUCAGCGGGGGCCCCGGACUCGGAGUCGGCCUCCCUGGCCGACGAAGACCUCCGCGACGAGCCCGAGGGGGCGGCCUCUCUGCCGGAGCCCAGCGUCCCGCCCGGAGACCGGGAGAGCGGGCCGAGCGGGACCGGCCGCUGGGCCGGGGGCCCGGACGCCCCCUUCCCCCCAUGUGACUUCCUGUCCAAGUAUGCCGUAUCUGACGAGUCGGAGUGGGCCUCCCCCUGCAGCAGAAGCGGCACGAAUAUCUUCGAGAACUACGCCAUGGAGGUUCUCAUCUCCAGCUGCUCGCGAUGCCGCACUUGCGAAUGCCUCGUCCACGACGAGGAAAUCAUGGCAGGCUGGACGGCCGACGACUCCAACCUCAACACCACGUGUCCUUUCUGCGGGAACCUCUUCCUGCCCUUUCUGAACGUGGAGAUCCGAGAUCUGCGCCGGCCGGGCAGGUACUUUCUGAAGGCCGGCCCGUCGGCGGAGAAUGUGCAGUUGCCCCCGUCGCUCCCCGGUCCCUCGGGGACGCCGUGCCUCGCCUCGUCCAAUCCCGGCCUCGCGGGGUCCGUGAUUUCCGUCCGAGGGAACUGUAGCCCAAACAGAAAAUCCAUGCCGGAAAACCCGUGUGCCAGGAGCAUCCAGAUUCCCACCGGGAGGAGGGCCCCCACCGGCUCGUCCGCCUGCCCGCUGUUUCCGAUGGCCAGGAGCGUCAGCACCUACGGUCCGCCGGAGGAGGCGGAGGCGGGGAGCCGGCAGCUCGCUCACCUCACGCCCACCGGAAGCCUGCCCGCUACUCUGCCCGGCCCGACGGAUCCUCUGGGCUUAGAAUGGCGCCUGCCCAGCCCAGACCCCAUCACGGUCCCUUACCUGAGCCCGCUGGUGGUGUGGAAGGAGCUGGAGAGCCUGCUGGAGAACGAAGGCGACCGGGCGAUAACGGUGGCCGACUUCGUCGACCACCAUCCCAUUGUGUUCUGGAAUCUGGUGUGGUAUUUCCGCCGCCUGGACCUGCCCAGCAAUUUGCCCGGACUGAUCCUGUCCUCCGAGCACUGUAACAAGUACUCCAAGAUUCCACGCAGCUGCAUGUCGGAAGACAGCAAGCACGUUCUGAUUCAGAUGCUGUGGGACAAUAUGAAAUUACACCAGGAUCCCAGACAGCCCCUGUACAUCCUCUGGAACGCCCAGAGUCAAAAUCGCACUCUUUUAUUUGAGACCCAGAAGCACCCCGUGGUCCAUUUGCUACAGAAAGGGGACGACUCAUUUAACCAGGAGCUGUUGAAAAGCAUGGUGAAAAGCAUUAAGAUGAAUGACGUCUAUGGACCAAUGAGUCAGAUCCUAGAGAUCCUAAACAAAUGGCCUCAUCUUAAAAGGCAGAGGAGCUUAUACAGAGAAAUAUUGUUUCUCUCACUCGUGGCCCUAGGAAGAGAUAACAUCGACAUAGACGUGUUCGACAGAGAGUACAAGAUGGCUUACGACCGUCUCACCCCGAACCAAGUCAAGAGCACUCACAACUGCGACAGGCCGCCGAGCACCGGCGUGAUGGAGUGUCGGAAGACCUUUGGCGAGCCGUAUCUUUAACUGGGGCCGCACGUAGGGGUGUGCGUAUCUGUGUGCACGCGGGCGGGCGGACGCGCCGUGGAGCGUACCGCGCGGCGUGGAAGACCGCACCCCGAGACUCUUCCGGCGCCGGCUUUUGAAAAUCCAUCUAGAGAGGGAGGGAAUCUCCGAGGCCCCGGAAACGGCCGACUUAGAAAGCCACGAUGGCGGACGGGCCCAGGAGCGGCUUGGCUUCCCGUCACCUCUGAGGUGUUUUGUUUUUUGUUUUGUUCUGUCGUCGUCCCUCCCCUCCCCUCCCCCGGAGGUCUGGGUGUGUGGUGAGGAAACCCGAAGCGGAAGUCGCUCUCCGGCUUCGGGUCUGAAAGCCGGCAGCCGUCUUUCUGGUUUCUCUGCGGCGAGGUGGGCGGCCCGACGCCCCGAGACCGAGCGAUGUUGUAAGAGGAUCUGUUUACAGAGACCGUUCGGAAACGGAACGCAGACCGCGAAGUUGUAUUAUACGUGUUUUAAAUUGUUUAUAGUAAGUCGAUAUUUUUUUAAGUUUUUUUAAAAAUUGCACCCUAGUGGAUUUCGAAUGAAUUGAGACUUAUCGGAGAGGGCGGCUCGCCGCUGGUUUCUCUCCCCGGUAUGCUGCUAUGUAGAACCGUCCAGUCCGGUUGCCGGCGAUCGUCCUUCCGGCCGGGGGCCGGGGGAAGAGGAGGCGGCGGGAAGUCUGAGGACGUCAGCGCCCGCUCUCGGGCGGUCCCGGGUCGGGCCGCGAACGCGCAGGGCCACCGGCUGGAGAGCGAAGGGCCGGCCGCGGCGCGCUCCGCCGGCCGGGAUUCCGCGUCGACCUCGCCGGGGUCGGACUGGGCCCGACGGGGAGAGCCCCCCGGACUCGGCGGCCCCCGAUCCGGCCCGUUGGACCCUACGGUGCUCGGCCCCGCGGAAGAGCACCCGACCCAGCCGGUGAUCCUUCCCCUUGCGGCCAGCGCGACGCGAUCCGUGUUUGGAAAGGUGACCUGCACGUUGACGUCAGUCCAGACCCCGACUCUCUUUAGGACGUACGAUACCGGAUAAGGGCGGGUUUUAUUUAUAGGAAAUGCAAUCUCUUAGGGUAGCCGUGUAUAUAAUUCUCUCGGGAACGUCAUCUUCAUUUCAGGUGGGGAAAACCUCCACUCACUCUCUAGAGGCAUAUAUCGCUACGUAGAUUUCUCAAGAAGGGAGGCGUGGUUUGGAGCAAGCGGCCCGUCUGAGAGGGGGUUUUUCUGGGGAAGUCUGGAGCCACGAAUUCCCGCAGGACAUUCUGAAGGGUUGAAUCCUGAGGCCGCGGCGGGAGGGAUAGCAGAAGGUCAGAAACGGCUCAGUCGGUCCCGUGUCUGUCCCUCCCGAACUCGGCCGGGGUUUGAGGGGGCUUCACCCCGGGGUCCCCGUCCCGCUGGACAGCCUGAGGACGGAGCCACCUCCACCCCUGGGCGUUAGCUGUCAAUCAGGUGCGCCUCAGAGCCAAUCAGGGGAGGCCCCCGCACACGCAGACGGGACCUCUUGUCAAAAACGCCCCGUCCUCGUGAGCUCCGGCGAACGCCUUUCCGCCCAGCGGUGCCGGCCGACAGCAGAGAGAAACGGUAGCGGAGUCCUCCGGGGUUCGCGAGUUGGGCCGUUCGAGGCCGAGUGCUGGGAGCCGGGAAAUACUUCCUUCCCCUCGACCGUCGGUCUGCCCUCGCAGAAACGGCCCCGAUGUCGUUUACGCCUUUCGGUUCCCUCCUUGGGAUCAUUUCCACGAGAGAAAAAAAGUCCUCUCGCGUCUGCUGUUGCUCCUGCGUUUUUGCUUUGUGGACUCUGGUGUGUGUUUUCAAGUCCGGAAGGAAAAGGUGUCAACCGGGUCAAGGGACCUUCUGGAAAGGAAUGGGAGAGCCGGUCCCCGGCGGGGGAUGAUGCGCGGUGUCAGAACGAGGACGGCGGGGGGGAACCGAGCGCAAGCCCCACUGGGGGGCUCUGCGGAGUUACGGUCGAAGCAUCCGUCUGUUGGGCCUCGAGAGCGGCUCGUUCUAAGGUGAAGACCACCGACGACGGCCCCGAUUCCGACUCGGAAGGUUUCCCGGGCCCGGCCCCCAGGAGACGGUCGGCGAGGGCAGCGGGGAAAGAUGCGUCCGCUCCAGCGGCCCGGGAGACGGAGCUGUGAUGGCGGGGGCCGCGUCGGGGGGGGGGGUGGGGGGCGUGCGUGUCCGUCCGCUUCUGCUUCUCCCCCUCCGGGCACCGCCGGCAGCGGCCCCGUUCUCAGGAACCCCCCCCCCGACCCGACCCCUAAGUCCGGCCCCGUGGAACGCUCGACUUGGGUGGCUCUCGCCACCCGUUCUUUGAUAGGAGAGAUUCCCCCCCUUUGCCCCCGACCCCCGUCGCAGCAGGGCGAGGAGCGUGGGCCGGUUGAAAUCCCCGUCUCUAAGCUCCCCCUCCCCCCGGCGAGACAGGAAUGGGUCGUGGAGGGGGGGGCGCCGCUCUCAUUGACGCUCUGGGCCUUAAGGGAAUUUACAAGCUAUCAAGCGAAUGCUCCGGGAGGGCACCGGGUGCCCCUGGUCUGUUUGAAGGCCAGAGGCCGAACCCUAAACCGCUCGCCUAAGAGACCCGUUUCCGCCGGCAGCUGCUUCCGCAUCCAGGCCGCGGAGCUCCUCGUGGACUCCGGCCGGCGGCGGAGGGCGGGGGUCCCGGGAGGGCGACCGGAUGUCCCCCGCGGCGGGUCCCACGUGAAGCUCUGUUUCGCAAGGAUGAGGUAGAGGCUGGCGACCGUGGCCCGGAGUCAUUCGGAAGGAAGCAUGCGAAGCGUCUUCUUGGUUCUAUCUCAGUAAUUCCUAUUUCCUGCUCUGUGGACACCAAUAAAACCUCUUUCCACAAA